AAAAAAAUUUUCGGUAAAAUUCCCAGUAUGAUACGAAAUUGUUUAUAUCGGUCAGCUCAAUAACCAAUGAGAGGUUAAUACGUAGUAGCAUUAGGGGGUUCCCCCGGCAGAUUUCUGAGAAACCGAAAGAGCAAAAAUAUUCUGAGGUCGUAAUUCACAUUUGGAUAGCGAAACUCGUACGUUCGACUCCCUUUUGAAUAUUUCCUUGGAGAUAAUAGUACAUCAUAUUAGUAAAUUAUUAGGGGCAAAAGUAGACUCAUCAAGGGAAAGAAGCGAAGCAUUAGGGCUUCUUCUUAACAGCCAUGAACGGAUCGACCAAGUCGAAAUGGAUGACAGGACUUGUGAUUCUGUUGAUCGCGAUUGCUUGUAUUGUUGUGGUAUUUGAACUGAUAUCAUUGCAUAAAAGAUCUCUCGAAGAUAAAGAUGCACCAACACUAGCGACAAGUUUUAACUGCCGUCAAAAGCCAUUUUGUGAUGGAAACGCUACAUGCAAAACAAAUCCGAAAGAUAAGACUCAUUUCAACUGUGUUUGUAAUAAUGGCUUCCAAGGAGAUGGAUUCUCGUGUAAGGACGUUGAUGAAUGUAAAAGAAAUUCUGCCACAUGCAGUCAGCAUGCGUUUUGUGUAAAUUCCAUCGGCUCGCACGAUUGCCGCUGUUUGACAGGAUUCCAAGGUAACGGUUACUCCUGCGAGGAUAUCGAUGAGUGUCAGAGCAAAAUGCACAGCUGUAGCGACCAUGCAGUGUGUGACAACACUGUAGGUUCCUAUAAAUGCAGUUGUUUCGACGGAUUUGCGGGCAACGGACGGUCUUGUUACGACAUUAAUGAAUGCAAAACUAAUGUUCACAACUGUAGUGUUCAUGCAUCAUGUAAUAACACUGUCGGCUCCUACAUGUGCAGUUGUCUGGAGGGAUUCCAAGGUGAUGGACAGUCUUGUCAUGACAUCGAUGAAUGCAAUACUAACAGACACGCUUGUAGUGUUCAUGCAUCCUGUAAUAACACUCAAGGCUCCUACAUGUGCAGUUGUCUGGAAGGAUUCCAAGGUGAUGGAAGGUCUUGUCAUGAUAUCGAUGAAUGCAAGAGUAACACACACGCCUGUAGCGGUUAUGCAUCCUGCAAUAACACUGUCGGCUCCUACAAGUGCAGUUGUCUGGAAGGAUUCCAAGGUGAUGGACGGUCUUGUCAUGAUAUUGAUGAAUGUAAGACUAACUCACACUCCUGUAGUGUUCAUGCAUCCUGCAAUAACACUGUCGGCUCCUACAAGUGCAACUGUCUUCAAGGAUUCCAAGGUGAUGGACGGUCUUGUCAUGACAUCGAUGAAUGUAAGACUAACACACACGAUUGUAGUGUUUAUGCAUCCUGUAAUAACACUCAAGGCUCCUACACGUGCAAUUGUCUGGAAGGAUUCCAAGGUGAUGGACGGUCUUGUAAUGAUAUUGAUGAAUGCAAGAGUAACACACACACCUGUAGUGUUCACGCAUCCUGCAAUAACACUGUUGGCUCCUACAAGUGCAGUUGUCUGGAAGGAUUCCAAGGUGAUGGAAGGUCUUGUCAUGAUAUCGAUGAAUGCAAGAGUAACACACACGCCUGUAGCGUUUAUGCAUCCUGCAAUAACACUGUCGGCUCCUACAAGUGCAGUUGUCUGGAAGGAUUCCAAGGUGAUGGACGGUCUUGUCAUGAUAUUGAUGAAUGUAAGACUAACUCACACGCCUGUAGUGUUCAUGCAUCCUGCAAUAACACUGUCGGCUCCUACAUGUGCAGUUGCCUGGAAGGAUUCCAAGGUGAUGGACGGUCUUGUCUUGACAUUAAUGAGUGCAGUACCAAUAAACACAACUGUAGUGUUUAUGCAUCCUGCAAUAACACUGUCGGCUCUUACAAUUGUACGUGUCACAAAGGAUUCAUGGGGGAUGGACAAUCCUGUCAUGAUAUUAAUGAAUGCCAUACCGAUAAACACAAGUGUAGUGAUCAUGCAUUUUGCAAUAACACUAUCGGCUCUUACGAGUGCAUUUGUCGACGGGGAUUCGUAGGGGACGGACUGUCGUGUGAUGACAUUGACGAAUGUGGCGAUGGAACUCACAAGUGUGAUAGAAAUGCAGAAUGCAAAAACAUAAUAGGCUCUCAUGAAUGCGUGUGUCGUUCUGGGUUUUCCGGCGAUGGUUAUGUGUGUCAAGAUGUUGAUGAAUGCAGCGACGGAAGUCAUCUUUGUAGCCCUCACUCCAAGUGUGUAAACAUCCCAGGGUCGCACAGCUGCAUAUGUAACAACGGCUAUCGUGGAAAUGGACAGUCAUGCAACGAUAUCAACGAGUGCAAGGAAGGGACAGCCCAAUGCAGUUCGAAAGCAAGUUGCAUGAACACGCCUGGUUCUUUCAGCUGUAAAUGUAUUACGGGAUACCGAGGCGACGGGAAAAUUUGCCACGAUGAAGACGAGUGCAGUAGUGGUUGGCCUUGUGCCAGGAAUGCAGAUUGCAGAAACACUGAUGGCUCUUAUACAUGCAGUUGCAAUUCUGGCUUCCAUGGUGAUGGUUUUUCGUGUUUUGAUGUGGAUGAGUGCAAAGAGGGUAACCAUGGUUGUCACGCAAAAGCUCAAUGCAUGAAUAACUGGGGAUCAUACAGUUGUUCCUGUAACAAAGGAUAUCAUGGAAAUGGCAGGCAGUGUAAGGCUUCUUCUGCUGGACGGCCCCACCCACUCAUUGGAAUUUUUCUAUUUGGCACUUUCAUCGCUUUUAUGUUAUUAUUACUUUGUUAGUAGAAGAAAUAAGUUGUUGCAUGGAAGUUGAUGCAUGGGAGUUGAUGCAUGGAAGCUACCUACAGUUUCCUUCAACACCAUCCCAUAAAGGGUUUGUAAUGCAUUUCAGCAUGCUGACCUUGAAAAUAAUAACUUGGUCCUUAAUCCUUUGUUUCUAAACGUUUCCAAAUACAAUGACAGUAAAGUUAAAGAAGAUUUAAAUAUUCAUUGAAAAUUAAUAUAAUUAGCUUGUAUGUAUUAACAAUACAUACAAUGUAGAACAUGGGUAAAUUACAAUAACAAUAAUGGGCAGGCAAUCAUAACAGUGAUAGCCAAUUACUGUGGUCCCAGAAGUAUUAAAAUAGUAAAACGAUAAUUGAUAAUUAAGAACAGCAUGGAGUUGUUUUCAGGCUGCCAUAUGAAUUAAAUAUUGCACAGGUAGUUUUAUGAGUCCUGGCAUUGUCAAUGUCAUAGAUCUCUUGGAGUGCAGUUGAAUAAUAACAUAUCAAAGCAUGUUUGAAGUCAUUUACAUUGUUAAUACUUAGAUAAGCUUGCCUGAAAGUGUGUUCCACAUUCUUAUUAUUUGUACAAUAAAUGACUGUAGAAAGGUUGAAGUCUUGCAUUUAGGUUCAGAGUAUUUGGUAACAGCUGUAUUGGCAGAUGAUCAUGUGUGUCUUUUAGAAUGAGCAAUAGGAACAAUUGUAGGGUCUAUAUCCACCAGACCAUGGGUAAUCUUAAAGAACAGUUAAAUAUCUAAGUACUCAUGCCAGUACCUGAUAGGUAGUAAGGAAAGGGUUUUUAGCCAUUGUUCAUAACUCUGACUGCACGAGAAUGGUAGUGUCAAGAUAUAUUUUGUAGCCUGUCUCUGUAUCUUUUCUAGAUUUGAGAUAAGAUAAAUAGAUUGUGGUACCCAAACUUGUGUAGAAUAGCCCAGAUGUGGUCUAAUGAUAGUUAAAUAGAUUGAUCUUCUACAUUUUGUAUAAAUUAAGCCAAUAAAACUGUUAGUUUCUAACUUA